UGUCUCCUUCCAGUUUCCCAGCAUGCCCUGGCUCCGGUGGUGGAGGUGUAUGAGGGGGCAAAAUCUGUCCUGUUGCCUUGCGAGUACUCAGGUUUUAUACCUGAAAACCCCACAGUGCUGUGGACUCGCAAUGAUCUCACCCCCAAAUCUGUCCACCUACGACGAGAGGAAACGGAUGAUCUUAAAGGGCAAAACCAGCAUUACAGGGGGCGCACAUCAAUGAGGGAUGAUGCUCUGGACACUUCAGACUUCAGCCUCACUCUGAGAAACCCCGAAGCCACUGAUAGCAGCAUCUACACCUGCUCCAUCGGAAAUGAAAGAGGGGAACGGAAACUGGCAGACAUACAGCUGCACGUCAAAGACCAAGAACUGAAAGAGGAGGUCGUUGUAGGAUCAGAGUCUGUCAUCCUGCAAUGCAAAACAACACCUGACCUGCCUGAGGACACCACAGUGGAGUGGACAAGAUUUGACAGAGAAAUCAUGAUAGUCCAUGGAUAUUCAAAUGGAAGUGACCACCUUAAGAAGCAGGACGACCAUUACUGUGGUCGCACAAAGAUGAACAAAGACUUGCUGAGAACUGGAGACCUCAGUCUGACCCUGAAAUACCCCACAGAGAGAGACAGUGGAGAAUACAUCUGCAUCAUCUACAGGGACAAAGACAUCCUGAGACAGAAAGUAGUGCUGCAGGUCAAAGAACAGUUUCCAUCCUGGGCCACAGCUCUCCUGAUUCUCCUGGUUCUCCUGGUUCUUCUUGCGGUUUUUGGAGGUCUCAUAUAUUAUUUCCGUCAGUAUUUCAUGUCAGUUUAUAAGGUGGGGGUGAAUUCAGAGGUGGAGUCUGUCCAACUGAUCUGCAAAACCACAGUUUGGCUGCCUAAAGAUGCUAAAGUGGAGUGGAAGGAUGCAAACAACAGGAAGGUCCACAUGUAUGAGAACGGCUCUGACCAGCCUGAAGAACAGGACGAUAAAUACAAGAACCGAACGAAGAUGAAGAGAAACUUACUGGAACCUGGAGACCUCAGUCUGACCCUGAAACACCCCACAGAUGGAGACAACUCCGGGUACACCUGCACCGCCUACACCAGGGAGGGAGACAUCCUGCUGAAGAAACAAGUGAAGCUGAAAGUCAGAGGUCAGUGCUGUAGAUACAGGUCAAAGGUCAGAGGUCAGACUCAUGAUGGUGGUUCAGUCUCAGUGGGCUCCAUCCAAUAA